AUGCUGAAGAUUCAUACUGUCCUUUCACAGGAGGAGUUAGUCGAGCAAGUGAAAUCUCAUAAAGAAUACUACAACAAUACACAAAAUGUGGAAGGGAGAAAGAUAGACCCUAACCUUGCUUCCAAUGACGUGGAAAUGUUGGGUCAGUUGGGUUAUAAACAAGAGUUGAAACGUCAUUUUUCAACGUUUCAAUGUUUUGGAGUAGCAUUCUCAAUUAUGGGAUUAUUGCCAAGUAUAGCUUCCAUAUUCUCUCAAGGUAUAGUUGCCGGUCCUGCUGGUUUUCUUUGGGGUUGGGUUAUUUCGUCAUUAUUGAUUCUUGCUAUUGGUGUGGCCAUGGCUAUUUCAGGCUCCUCUAUUUCCACUAGUGGUGGUUUAUAUUAUUGGACAAACUACUAUGCUCCACCAAGAAUCAAGACGGUACUUUCGUAUCUAAUUGGUAACACAAACUCCAUUGCUCUUGUUGGAGGCUUCUGCUCUGUUGUAUAUGGAUUUGCAAUUCAGGUUUAUGCCAUUGUUGUUAUUGCUCGAGAUGGUGAUUUUGAAAUUACUCAAGCUAAAUUAUAUGGAGUAUUUGUGGCCUGUGUCAUUGCACAAGUAGCGGUAACAUGUUUGUCUAGUAAAAACUGUGCACAUCUACAAACUGUUUCUGUUGUUUGCAAUGUUUUUAUUAUCAUUGUGUAUGUUAUUGCCAUGCUUGUUGGCUCCAGGGGUAAAUUCAAACCUGCCUCGUAUGUUUUUGGUGAAUUUGAAAACUUAUCUGAUUGGCCGAUUGGUUGGACUCAAAUUUCAGCAGCUUGGCUUCCGGCAAUUUGGACAAUCGGUGCCUUUGAUAGUGUUAUUCAUCAAUCAGAGGAAGUCCAUAAUGCUGGUAAGGUCAUUCCAAUUGGUAUAUUAGGAUCAAUUAGUGCCUGUGGUGUAUUGGGAACAAUUAUAAUUAUUGUCACCUUGUUUUGCAUACAAACAGAUGAUAUUGAAGGACAUAUUCUUGGUUCAAAGUUUGGACAACCAAUUGCACAGAUCAUUUACGACGUUUUGGGUAAAAAGUGGGCAUUGUUUUUUAUGAUUUUUAUGCUGAUCUGUCAGUUCCUUAUGGGUUCAUCUAUCCUCACGGCAAUUUCCCGUCAAAUUUGGGCUUUUAGUCGUGACAAUGGGUUGCCUUUCAGUUUCUGGAUCAAGCGUGUUAACAAAAAUUUGUCUACUCCCAUCAAUGCUGUUAUUUUUGGUGGUAUAUGCUCGGUCAUCAUGGGUUUGCUUGUUUUGAUCGGUACUGUUGCUGCAAACGCAUUAUUUUCUCUUUACAUUGCUGGUAACUAUUUGGCAUGGUCUACACCAACUUUGCUCAGGUUGACAAGCGGACGCAAACUCUUUGUUCCAGGUAAGUUCUAUUUGGGCAAGGUGUUUUCACCUUUGAUUGAAUGGGUCUCCGUAAUCUUUGGCUUUUAUACUAUUGCCAUGGUUAUGUUCCCUGCAUCCACCCACGUCGAUAAAGACACUAUGAACUACACAUGUGUCAUUACGCCUGCUGUUGUAAUACUUUCUUACAUUUACUAUAUGCUAUAUCUGAGAAAACACUAUCACGGUCCAUGUAAAACUAUUGAUGUUGAAGAUGAAUGUGAAAUCCUUGAUGGAAUUGAACAUCAACAUAUUGAUGCAGAGUUGAAUGAAAAGUCUUGA